ACUAUUCCUAUCAAAAAACGCAUCCUUCGGUACAGUGAAUUUUCACUGUAUUUAUAAUUAACGUGAGUAAUCAGACAUCAACAUGGGUCAAAUUCAAAAAAAGUUUGCAUUAACCAUUGGAAUAUGUGGAAUACUUUCUCUUCUCUUUAGUUUUAUAUCAACUGUAUGUGGAUGGGUGUUUGCCUCAAAAAUACCAUAUAAUAUUCAAUUUCGAUCUUUUGAUGAAUAUGGUAUAACUAGUUAUUCUUUUGGAGUGUAUUGGUGGGGUGGAUUAGCUUUGUUUGGUCCUGGCAUUCUUGGAAUUGUAGUUGCAUACACAAAAAAUUUUUGUGCUAUGGUUGCUUUUUUGAUUUUUAAUAUAAUUGGCAUGCUUGCUGCGAUUGCAUGUUUCAUUGUUGUUGCACUUGUACUUGUGGUUUGGACGGGAUUAGGAAUAGAUGAUAACUCUUGCAAAUCUGUUCUAGAAACCUGUACCUGUACAGUUAAUUAUAAGCGUUCAUUUAUAAUAAACACUAGUUGCGAAACACUAUCAAGUAUUCAACCUCUUCUUUUGACAAUAUCUAUUGGGGUAGCACUAUCUGUAUUUGUCGCAUUUAUAGCUUCCUAUGUCAGCUGUAGUUCGCUGUGUAAUACAGAACAGGUUUAUCCCGGUAUGGUUGUUGUUCAACAGCCUUCUAACAUGGUCGUUAUGGCGAAUACUCAGUUCAAUCAGGUUCCACAAGCACCUUAUUACAACCAGCAAAUUCCUUACGGAGGCCUGCCUCCCGCUUACUCCUCAGUACCUGUGACUUCCUACGAUCACAAUCCUACCCAUGAUAAAGCUGCAUUGAUUGAUGAUGGAGUUUUCUAAUUCUAAUUGUCUAAUUAAAAAUAUUUGUGAAUUAUAUUGUUAUUUUAAUAUUGAUUGGAACUGAGUUGCAUAUUUAUUGUAACUCCAACAUUUUUUGAUGAUUUUUUUUUAAA